AUGCUUAAGGACACGAAACCAAGUCCACAACAAUGGCGACUUCAGCAGUGCAGCACCGUGACUCCAGAUUCUGCGAUAGACUUGCCCACGACGAGUGCUUCGCCUUCGCCUUCCUCGAAUGUCGGCGUGCGUGAAGAGGCAUUCGGCAAUGCCACCGUGGUGUUCUUUUCUACAAAUUGCUCCUCUAGUGCCCUAGAACUAUCCAACGAACCCGGCGGCCUCUCCAAACUCUUCUACUUAGAGCUCGAACCAUGCCCUGUCAACCUGGGUCGUGACCUCGAGACAGAGUUGCACAACCUUGCCAUCCGAUAUCGCCACAAAAGACAGCCUCUUUUGGACGCCAUCGCCGAGAAGACGGCUACUCUCGCACCCUGA